AUGACUUACUUGACGCUUAAGGAAAUUACAGAUUGCUUACAAGCUUUAGGGUACACGAGGGUCUCGGAACUAUUGAAUACCACAAACCCCAAUCUCUAUAUUGGGCCAUCGAAUUUGCUCACAGAAAACAAGAUUGAAUUUGCCCAAAUUUACACAAAGCCCAUCUACACUGCCAAAGACCUCUCUGUGGUGUAUCCGGAUCAUCACUCCUGGUCAAGGAACUCCUCGCUGAAGUUCAUCGAGAACGACUGCUGCACCGACGCAGCCAAAGACUGCACCACCAUGCCCCUCUCGAACCACAUGGUCGCCGUUUUCCAGCUCGGUAGAAACUUGACCAGCCAUGUCGGCAUCGUACACGGCGGUGCAAGUGCGUCCAUUAUAGACGAGUACUUUGUCAAGGUCGUGCUCCCUCUCACGGCAAAUGGGUUUGCCGUCACUGCCAACCUCAGCAUAAAAUACCUUAGGCCAAUCAAGUUCCAGGUACACGAACGGAUCGUCGAUGUCAUACUGGAAUGUUUUGUCACCAACGUAGUCGACAGCCGGAAAUUUACCGUUGUGGGGGCCCUCAUGGACAAGCAGGGGAACAAGUAUUGCACUGCCGAACUUCUGGUGGUUGUUCCUCAGAAACCCCUAUAA